AAAAAAACGUGGAAGGUAAAAAACAAUAGUUUACCCAACACUUCUUCGAGCCUUUUGAUACUCGUUUGGUCAUAAAUAUGGCUCUAUUCAUCCCAGUUGUACGUGCUAUAUACAUUCACUUAGGAUGAUAAUGGUAGAAACCCAGUAAUCCUUGACGGGUGGAAUGACUGAAACGGGAGAAAUAGAAGAGAGUGUGGUGGUGGGUCUACUGAGGAGGACUGGUACUGGAGGUAGCAGCACCGGGGAGUCAAGGAGGUGGGUGGAUGGAAGCGAGGUGGACUCGGAGUCAACUCCAUGGUCAAUACAUGGAGACGAUGAGAUCCGAGAAGGGUAUGGAUCUAUUAGGAGGAGGCUUGCCAAGAAGCCCAAGAGAGUCAAUUCCUUUGACGUUGAAGCCUUGGAGAUUGCUGGGGGUGGUCAUACCGCCCAUAACAAGGAUCUUCCACUCUUGGCGACUCUUUCUCUAGCAUUUCAAACACUUGGUGUAGUGUAUGGUGAUGUGGGAACCAGCCCUUUGUAUGUUUUUGCUGAUGUAUUCAGUAAGGUGACCAUAGAUUCAGAAAUUGAUAUCUUGGGGGCAUUGUCGAUAGUGAUAUAUACAAUCGCUCUCAUUCCUCUCAUGAAGUAUGUGUUCAUUGUAUUGAAGGCCAAUGACAAUGGAGAAGGAGGAACAUUUGCUCUGUAUUCGUUGAUCUGCAGGUAUGCAAAUGUUAGCCUUCUCCCAAAUCGCCAGCCAGCUGAUGAGUAUAUCUCCAGUUUUAAGCUCAAAAUUCCCACACCAGAACUACAAAGGGCUUUACAUAUAAAAGACUUACUGGAACGUAAAUCCAGUUUGAAGACCAUGCUCUUGCUUUUGGUUCUCAUGGGAACAUCAAUGAUCAUAGGGGAUGGCAUCUUGACGCCAGCAAUGUCAGUGGUGUCCGCUGUGAGUGGUCUAGAGGGUAAGAUAUCUUGGUUCGGAACAAAUGCUCUUGUUAUUACUUCAGUGGUCAUCCUUGGUGCAUUAUUCAGCAUACAGCGGUUAGGGUCAAGUAAAGUGGGCUUCACAUUCGCUCCUGCCCUAGCAAUCUGGUUCAUAAGUUUGGGAUCUAUUGGAAUGUACAACCUGUUUAAGUAUGAUGUUUCUGUGGUAAGGGCAUUGAAUCCGGCUUAUAUCUAUCUUUUCUUCUCCAAGAAUUCCACCCAGGCAUGGUCAGCUCUCGGUGGCUGUGUUUUAUGCAUCACUGGAGCUGAAGCAAUGUUUGCUGAUUUAGGUCAUUUCUCUGUGAGGUCUAUACAGAUUGCCUUUACUGGCGCGGUCUUCCCCUGCCUUCUCUUAGCAUACUUUGGCCAAGCUGCAUAUCUCAUGAAACAUCCUAAUUCCGCCAGCACAAUAUUCUAUUCCUCUGUGCCUGAUGGGCUUUUCUGGCCAAUUUUUGUGAUAGCCACAGUUGCUGCUAUCAUUGCUAGCCAGGCCAUGAUAUCUGCUUCAUUUUCAUGUGUUAAGCAAGCCAUGGCUCUUGGAUGCUUCCCACGACUGAAGGUCGUACACACCUCAAAGAGGCACAUGGGUCAGAUUUAUAUUCCUGUAGUUAAUUGGUUUUUGAUGAUCAUGUGCAUGGCUGUAGUAGCUGCUUUUAGAAGCACAACAAGCAUAGCGAAUGCAUACGGUAUAGCUGAAGUUGGCGUCAUGUUGGUUAGCACCAUCAUGGUCACACUUGUGAUGCUUUUGAUAUGGAGAACAAAUUUAUACCUAGCUUUAUGCUUCCCUCUGGUAUUUGGCUCAAUAGAGCUUUUGUAUUUGUCUGCUGUCCUAUCAAAAAUCUUGGAAGGUGGCUGGCUUCCACUUGUAUUUGCUACCUUGUUCCUCUCUAUGAUGUAUGUGUGGAACUAUGGAAGCGUGUUGAAGUACCAGGUUGAGGUCAAGCAGAAGAUCUCAAUGGAUUUCUUGUACGAUCUGGGCUCCACACUUGGAACUGUAAGGGUCCCGGGCAUAGGAUUACUCUACAAUGAGCUCGUCCAGGGCAUUCCCUCAGUUUUCAUCCAGUUUCUUCUCGACCUUCCAGCCAUUCACUCGAUCCUAGUCUUUGUUUGCAUAAAAUAUGUGCCUGUGCCUGUUGUUCCUCAGGAAGAGCGGUUCUUGUUCCGAAGAGUGGGCCCCAAUGACUAUCAUAUGUUCCGCUGUGUUGCCAGGUACGGUUACAAAGACGUCAGGAAAGAAAACCAUCAAGCGUUUGAGCAACUUCUGCUGGAUAGCCUUGAGAAGUUUUUGAGGAAAGAGGCCCAAGAGCUUGCCCUCGAGACUGUCAGUCUAACAAACCAGACUGAUGACGUGUCAGUGAAGUCAAGGGAGACCGAGUCUUCUGUAGAAGACAACAACGGGAUGGAGGAUCUCAGGGUUCCAUUGAUGAUGCAGGAUCAUCAUAAUAGAUGGGAAGGAACAGGGAACCCUCUAUUGCCGGCUAGUGUGAUGUCAGGAGAAGAAGAUCCUGGGUUGGAGUACGAGCUGUCGGCUCUACGGGAAGCCACCGAAUCGGGAUUUACCUACCUGCUCGGGCAUGCGGAUGUGAGGGCCAAGAAAAGCUCUUGGUUCAUCAAGAAACUAGCAAUCAAUUAUUUUUACUCAUUUAUGAGGAGCAACUGCAGAGGUGGGGCAGCGACAUUGCGGGUCCCUCACAUGAACAUUAUCCAAGUUGGGAAGACAUACAUGGUUUGAUUUUGGUUCAUCACGGUCUACCUGUGUGUUGUUGUUGUAGUUGUUAUAUCAAUUGGCAACUAGGAUGGCGGUUGUUCUGGUUAUUUCUGAUGGUGCUUUGCAACCUCAUAGCUCAUACUCAUUAGAGGUCAGCAUUGCAUCUUACAGAGGCAGAAUGAAAUGUUUAGUGCCCAACAUUGUAGUAAGGGUAAUUGUAUGCAGUAUCGUGUAAUUGUUGUGAACCUUGUAAACUUUUAUAAUUGAAAUAAAAAUUGGUUCACAGUUAUAAUUGGUACAAUUUCUGUUUUGAAAAUUCUAGAAACCAAAAAAUCA